GGGAGGCUGGUAGGUUCGUCGCGUGGAGGUGGCCCCUUGCCGCCGCAGUCCCGCCGCCGCCGGAGCCUCGGGUCCCGGCCUCCUGCCCGCGUUCUUGCCCGCAAUAUGCCUCCGCUGCCCUCGGGCUGCUCACUAUGCCGGGGACCUGCGGGCGCCUCUCCUCCUUGCUCCUGGGGCUGGCGGCCGCGGUGCUGCUGCUGCUGCUGAUGGGGUGGCCGUCUCACGUCGAUGCCGCAGCCGCCGCCGCCACUCGCCCGCAGCAGCAGCGGGCGGCGCUGCCGGGGGGCGCAUCCACCGCUGCGGUGGCCUCAGUAGGAUCUGUUUUUACGCUAAAAGUUCAAGUAAAUGACAUCAUCAGUCAUCUGUAUGUGCAACAAGCAGUUGUAGAAGUGUUUGUUAACUACACGAAGACAAAUUCUACUCUUACUGGAAACAAUGGAGCAGUAUUAAUAAAAGUUCCCUAUAAAUUAGGAUUAAGCUUAACUAUUGUAUCAUACAAGGAUGGAUACAUGUUAACACCUUUGCCUUGGAAGACUGGGAGAAUGCCAAUAUACUCGUCUGUGACACUUUCGUUAUUCCCACAAAGUCAAGCUAAUGUGUGGCUCUUUGAAGAUACUGUCUUAAUUACUGGAAAACUGUCUGAUGCCAAAUCUCAACCAAGUGUUCAGUUUCCCAAAUUUUUAAUAAAACUUCCAACAAGUCACCAUAUUACAAAUGUUACAGCCUAUCUGACCGUGCCAGAGCAAUUUUUGAAAGUGGACAGCUAUCUGUAUACAACAGGAAUUCUUCUAAAUAAAUCAGGUUUCAAAAGCAUGGAAUUAGCUCCUCUUGCCGCAAUAUGCAUAAACAUUCUUCUGACUGGGAAAGAACUGAAAGUAAAUGGUCCUAUUCAGAUUACACUUCCUCUUUCCACAAGUGCUGUGAAAGCAGGAGAUGCUAUACCUGCAUGGACAUUUGAUAUGAAAACUGGUGCUUGGGUAAGCCGUGGGGUAGGAAUGGUCAAGGAAGCAGAUGGUCAAUUAGUAUGGACAUACACUGCUCAACACUUAGGCUACUGGAUAGCAGCUCCACUACCUGGAACAAGAGAAUCCAUCAUUAGUGCAGUUUCCAAGGACAUAACAACCUACCAUACAGUGUUCCUUACGGCCAUACUGGGAGGUACUGUUGUCAUUAUCAUUGGAUUUUUUGCUGUUCUUCUUUGUUACUGCAGGGAUAAAUGUGGUCGGACACAAAAGAAGGAGAAAAAUACAACCAAGCUGGAGGUCAUCAAAAAAGACCAGACAACAUCGACAACUCAUAUAAAUCACAUCAAUGCCAUCAAAGGGUCUUUAAAGCUGGAGGAUAAGUCACAGUUAUAUACACCAAAGAUUUCCUCAUACAGCACUCAAAGAAAGAUGUCCAUAGACAUGGAUGAUGGAAAAUCAAGAGAUAAUUUUAAAAUAUACAUAGAGGACGCUUCUUAUCAGUCAUCGUGUCAGACUGGUCAGUUAAGGAAUUUGACCCAUUCAUUGGAGCCUAAUGCUGGAGUGAGGCAUUUACAGCAGCCAGUACAUAGUAACAGUACUAUUUCUCAGGCUCCUAGGGAUAGUCAAGACCAAACCAGGUACCUUUCACUGAAAGAGGAGAUGUAUGGGCUUUCCCAUAUCCCAGAACAUCUAAUGCAUAUUUACAAUCAACCUAUUGCUAUUCUUCAAACCUCUGACCUUUUCCAUUCCCCAGAACAACUGCAUCCUGCUAAAUCAGCAACUUUGCCAAGAAAGGGACAGUUAGUAUAUAGCCCCAUGAUGGAACCCAUGAAUCGGGACAGUUACAUGCAAACGUUACCAAAAAUGCCAGUGCACUCACAUCCUCAGCCUUCUGCCUGCAGGGAUGAAAACAGUGUGUUGGAUAGUGAAGAGGGCUUAUCUUCUCAAACGUCAAACUGGGGCCGGUACGCUAAUAACUUACUAGAAUCUGUCUCUGUUCCUGGGACAUUGAAUGAAGCAGUUGUAAUGACUCCUUUUUCAUCCGAACUUCAAGGUAUUUCAGAACAAACAUUAUUGGAACUCUCUAAAGGAAAACCAUCUCCACACCCUCGAGCGUGGUUUGUGUCCCUGGAUGGAAAACCAAUCGCUCAAGUGAGGCAUUCUUUCAUAGAUCUGAAAAAGGGCAGGAAAACAGAGAGCAACGAUACCAGUCUGGACUCUGGUGUGGAUAUGAAUGAGCAUCAUCCUAGUAGGAAACUGGAGAGAGAGAAAACUUUCAUAAAAAAUAUGCCACAUUCUAAGAUCCUUUACUUGGAAGAUCUGGAUCUGAGUAGCAGUGAAAGUGGGACCACUGUUUGUACUCCAGAGGACCAGGCUGUGAGGCACAUUCUGGAUGGAGGGAAUGGGCCAAUUGUAGAACAGCAGGAUGAAGAAAGUCUAAGAAGAAAAACUGUAUCAGGAAGUCAUGAGUCUGGUAUCCCUUCCACUAAAAAGAGGGAUAGGCCGUCUAUCACUAAAAGAGAUAGCAAAACCAAUAUCUGGAAGAAAAGAGAGGAGAGGCCACUUAUUCCUAUAAAUUAGAACAUUAUGUGCUUUGUGUUGUUGCUCUCCCUGCUGGUUAUUGACCUCUUGGCUGCUUCUGUAAUUCUGCAGUGUGGAUUUUACAAGGGAAAUGUUGUUUUCUAGUAUCAGAUUAUUUUUUUUUUUAAACUUCAGCUGGGCAAUUGAUAUUCAAUGUGAAUUGAAAACAGGGAAAUGCUAAAAUUUUCCAGUUCCUAAUUUUGUUGGCAGUAUAGGGAAGGCCCGUGUUUUGAUUAGCCUGUCAAUCUUGGACAUACCUGUGGGAAUGCAUAGUAAGAAAUGUAGGCACAUAUUUUAGAUUUUGUUGUACUUGUUGCUAAUGUGUUGAUAGGCUAGUUAAAGCCAUUCCUCAACCUUGUUCCUAAUAUAUGUAACCAUCUGUACGGUAUCCUGUAUGUGAAGUUUUCUAGGAAUUUGUUGCUACUUCUUUAUGCAUUGUAAACUCUUUCAUCAGUUAGUCCCAUGACACCAGAUGAGCUCUGUUGGAUUUAUCAGCAGAGCUCUACAGCAUUACUGCCCUCCCUAUGUGCCCAUCCGUGUGCAAAAAGUUGCCAUUCCAUGUAGACAUGGCGGAAAGUGGAAGUGUACAAACUCUGUCACUGCUGCAGUUCAUGGUCCCUGCUAUCUUAAGAUAUUGCCCAUCUGCUUUGUUUUAAUCUGUUUGUUAUGUACUGUGGACAUUGAAGACUGACAUCCGCCAUGAAGGGUCCACAUCCAGCAGAAAAGUACUGGUUCUUGUAGCAUUCAAAGCUGCUGCUACUGAUACCAGUGUUGUUUUGGCUUCACUGUCAGUUUAAAUCUUCUCUUCUUCAUGAUAUUUGGCUGAUUGUGCUCCAUGACAGUCUUGCAUCCCUGUGUAUUUCUAAGUUAGACUUUGGCCAAUAAUGAGAAAGUAAUCAAGUUUAGAUGAAUUGUGACUUAGAAAUAGUUACAUUUAUCAGGAAAGCUCGGUACUGUUGCUUUUCAUUUUAUGUUUUAAAAAAUGCAAGCUCAUCAGAGGUUUUUGUGCCUACAUUUUGCCAGCCUGAGCUGCUUAGGUUAUGCAUUGCAGAGGGGUUAAAUAGGCUUUAAAAGUUGGAGAUUUUAAUGAGCAUGAGAGAGCAGAUCACAAAACUAGGUCUAUAAUGCAAUACAAAUAGUACUUAUGACUCAUCUCAGAGUUAAAUUUACCAAAAGUCAUGAAUGCAUGAAAUGUAACUUAAGAUAUGUAUAGAGGAAGGAAAAGGCCAUCAGAAUAUUUUUUUUUUUAAAUGUUCAUCUCAUCAAAGUGAUCGCUUCAACUUUGGCUAACAGAAAAGUAGAUGUCUCCCAUAAUGUGCUUCAUAUACUAUAUAGAUUGUCUUUUUAUGGCUUUGAAGCUGUUUCCCUGAUGAAAUAAGUUCCAGCAUUUUGGCUUUGGCAGUUUGAAUAUAAAUCAUUCUAAAAAAGCUUUAGCAAUGUUUCCUUAGAGCUUGAUUAAGGUUCUAUACCAAGGCCCAAACGUACAAUAUGUAUGUCUGAAUUAUGGUGUGAGAUGUUCUCAGUUGUCUGCUGUGUAGUACACUCAAGAGUUGGGAAAUAGCUUAUGCAGCUGGGCUUCUGGAAAUGUUUACUCAGGAAACAUUACUGUGAAAUAUGUUUGUUACCUUGGGAUUGUCACUUGUUUGGUCCUGUUUCUAGAAGAAUAUGCAAGGUAGCCAGAAUGGUACUAGUAAUACAUCAGUCCAUCUUCUUCUGGUGUGCAGUUGCUUCAUGGACAAAAUACAAUAAUCCUGUUGGGUUUCACAACAACUUCAUGCAGCACUACAGGCUUGGGGCAGAGUGGCUGGAAAACUGUCCUGCAGAAAAGAACGUGGGGGUGUUAACCAACAGCCAGCUGAAUAUGAGCCAGCAGUGUGCCCAGAUGGCCAAGAAGGCCAGUGGCAUCCUGGCCUGUAUCAGAAAUCGUGUGACCAGAAGGGACAAGGGAGCGUUUGUCCUCUUGUAGCGCUGGUGAAGCUGCACAUCAAAUACUGUGGUCAGUUCUGGGCCCCUCACUACAUGAAGGACACUGUGGUGCUGGAGUGUGUCCAGAGAUGGGCAAUGAAGCUGGUGAAGGGUCUGGAGCACAAGUCUGAUGAGGAGUGGCUGAGGGAGCUGGGGGUGUUCAGCCUGGAGAAAAGGAGGCCGAGAGAAGACAUGAUCACUCUCAAAAAGUACCUGAAGAGGAGUUGUAUUGAGGUGGGGGUUGAUCUUUUCUCUCCAGUAACGAAUGAUAGGAUAUGAAGAAAUAUGUUCAAAUUGCACCACAAAAGGUUUAGAAUGGAUAUCAGGAAGAACUUUUCACUGAGAGAGUUAUUAGGCAUUGGAACGGGCUGCCCAGGGAGGUGGUGGAGUCACCAUUCCUGGAGAUAUUCAAAAGAUGCACAGAUGCGGUGCUGAGGGAUUUGGUUUGGUUUAGUGAUAAGCUUGGUAGUGUGAGGUUAGUCAUUGGACUUGACGAUCUUAAAUCUCUUCCAACUUCAAUGAUUCUGUAAUUCUGUGAAAGUGUAAAAUAUGAGAUAGGUGUGCAAAUAAGUCUGUGAUUAAAUUGACCAAAAGCAUCUGGUUUAAUUAUAUAAUAAUUAUAUAAUUAUAUAAUAAUCUAGUUUAGAGGUGAAGAUGGCUUGUCAUUUUAGCAUGGCUUUGGUACUCUGUUUAGAUAACUGUAAAUCAAUUUUCCUGAACCUAAUACAUUUUCAAAGCAACUUUGACUUUUGAGGUUUAGUAUUGCCCUGCUCUUAGAGUUACAUCAGUUCGUAUGGUCCUCAUUUUAAAAAGAUACGACAGAAAAUCCCUGACAAACUGACAUUUUUUAGGUGUUAAUAUUAAAUUACUGUGUCUUUACUUGAAGUUUUGUUCAUCAACAGUAACUUCAAUAUAUUGCAGAUUUUUUUCAUUGCAUAUCUCAAGAAGACCUGAUUCCUCAAACUUGUUUAAAAAAUACAGACUACUAUAAAUGGCUUUAUUCACGUGAGUUCAAAUGAAUAAAGUUUUGCACUCCAUUGUUCUUGUUCUAUAUCAGAGUAGGCAUCUGGUCACUACAGAAAAAGGAUGAGAUGCAUUGAAAAGAUCGGUUAUAACUUUGGGACUUCAGAGUAAAAAUGCCAGAAGAUGUACUGCUGUAGUGCAGAUUUUCAUCUGCUCUGUUAGCUGAUCAGGAGCAGAGUUUGGUUCUGUAUUAUCAAUAUAAAGGAGUUUUUGGCUGUCUGGAUUAGUCACAUUUUUACUCUGCACAUAUGGUAAUGCAAAAUGUCCCCUUUAAGGGUUGUGCAUGUGAUGCACUUCAGCUUUUAGCCAACAAAGCAAGUGAAAGAGUUUCUUGCUGCUAGACUUCCCAGUGUUAAAGAUAGAGCAAAAUUUUCUGAAAAAAGGGCAACUCGUCGUGUCUGUGAUUAGUAUCUACUGGUUUGUAGCUUGUCCCUUGCUUAAUGAGGAUGUGGACAUUUCUUUUAGCAGAAUAUUUAAAUUCUUUGCUGGAAUGUGCACACUGCAGUUCUAGUAAUAGCAUUUCCAAGGCUGUGUUUAGCUGUUGCUUCUACCCAUGCCAGUCAAGCAACAGCUAUUUUUGUUUGCUUUGCAGAUCCCAUACACCAGUUUUCUGUAUGUAACUUGCUGUGUUCAUUGCAUAAUGUCUUAUGCUGCUGGUUACACUUGAAAAGGCUUUUUUACAAUUGAGCUUUAUAUUGAAAAUAGUUACAUAACUUGUUUUCUGUGUUGGAAGAAGAGACAACUCUUAGAAUCAUAGAAUGGUAGGGGUUGGAAGGGAUCUUCAGAGAUCAUCUAGUCCAACCUCCCUGCAGAAGCAGGGUCACCUAGAUCAGGUUGUAUAGUAACAUGUCCAGGCGGGUCUUGAAGACCUUCAAGCAAGGAGACUCCACAACCUCUCUGGGCAGCCUGUUCCAGAGAAAUGCUUGCGGCAGUUAUAUCUGCAAAGAUAAAUGCCACAUAAGAACAGCUGAUGUCCCUGAGCUCUCAGAGGAAUGGAAUUUUUCCUUGACCCUAUAAUGAAUAUUGAAUUUUGGAUUUUAAAAACUCUGUAUAACUCCAAAAUUCUUAGGAUCAUGCUUCAUAGUUACAUUCAGUACAGAAUAUAUUAUCUGAGUCUUCAAGUUCCAGCUGUAUGUUGGACUUUGUGCACAGGAAAUAUGUAUUACCUAUUAGUGACAAGAAUUCUUUUUCAUUUUAGAUCCUGAGUUAUGAAAAUGGUAAUUCCAGAGGUAACCAUACAGGUUAUGUAACAUGUGGAAAAGACAGAUUUCAUGACAAUAUUUUGUUUUUGUGGUUGAACUAAUGCUUUUCUAUAUUUCUAUAUAUAAUUUCAACAUACAAAUUUAUAGGAAUCACUGAAUUUAUUUUUUAAGGGUUUUUUUUUUCUGUUGGCUCAAUAUUGCAGUACUAACAGAGUGCUAAAAUGCUAGUGCUAAAAUCAGGUCUAUACGAAAAGUAGCAAGGAUUUGUGACACACUGCUCUUGGAAACAUUCAGAGAUUUUGACUUCUGGAGGUUGAUUACCUUGAGAAUAAUAAAGUGGGACGUGUGUCCUGGUUUAGGCCCAUCAGGGAACAAAGACCACGAUUAGCCUCGAGUACCGAAGAGGCUGAGAAUUGCUCAAGGGCAGGGAGAGCUUAAUUGCUGCUUAAGGUUCAGGACAAAACAGACCAGGCUACUCGGUUUGGGGAAGAAAACAGAAAAAUAAUUUAAUGCACCAUCAACUAAAACAUACCCCCAAAACCCAAAACAUAACCAAAAUGAAACAACACAGAAUGAAGAGUCCAACCAGCCUUUUUAAGAGCAUCUUCUUGCCACACCUCCCCUUGUUAUUGAGGAAUCAGCCUCUAAAACUGUCUUAAACAAACAGAAUUUUAUUAAACCAAUUAUAGCAAGCGCUAAAAGGGCAAACAGCGCUGGGUGACCGGGGGAAGUUCAGCAGUUCCACCACGGCACACCUUCGGUUUAUUGGCUCAAAUUUAUAUAGGUUUUACAAAUGUCCAUGCUCCCAAUAUUCCAUAACAACGAUCUCUGAUUGGACAGUCUCAGGUGUUCACGUGUAGAUCAUGCUCAGGUUUUCCCCUCUGAUUGGUGAGAGGUCUAGCCGAGUUGUUAUGCCGAAUAUGGUGUGUCUGCCGAAACUUCCAGCCCCUGUUGCAUCAGCCGUCUCAAUUCAGCUGAGCCACCCCUCGCCAGCAUCUCAGGUCCAAAACCAUUAUUUCUAAGACUAACAAACAAUUAACUUUCUUUGGACAAACCUUCAAUUAUUACAAUCAAUGUCCAGCAACAUUGUGUUAACUAACAUCCAUUUAAUUGAUCAAUAAAGCUUCAUCUUUUAUUACAAUUCCCCCCUUCUUUUAUUUCCAUUUAUUGAUCAAUUAUAUGUGGGCAUCUUCAGACAAUAAUGAUUGUUGAUCUUCCUUAUCUAUUUCUUGCAAAAUCAUAAUACGUACCUUGUCUAUCCGAUUCGUUACCAUCCCUAUAAUUCAAUCAAUAAUACAGGGUCCAACGGUCAAAGCUAAUAAUAAUAAUAUCAGGGGGCCCACUAUUGUGGACAACAAAGUAGUUAACCAUGGGGUUUGGGUAAACCAAGUCUCAUACCAAUUUUUCAUCUUCUCUCUUUCUUUUUUUCCUUUCCUCUAUUCUUUCCCUUAAUUUCGCCAUUGAAUCCUGGACCACUCCAGUGUGGUCUGCAUAAAAACAGCAUUCUUCUUUUAAUGCUACACACAAUCCCCCUUGUUGCAAAAAGAGGAGAUCCAAGCCUCUUCUAUUUUGUAAUACUACUUCAGAUAAUGAGGUUAAAGAUUUUUCUAAAGCCGUAAUUGACCUUUCAGUCCUUUCCAGAUCUUCAUCAAUUGCCACUUUUAAUUCAUAAAUCUGUUGGCAUUGCGUAAUUAGAGCAGCGGUCCCGGUUCCCGCCCCGACUGCUCCCAACCCCAAUAAGGUAGCUAUCGUUAUAACAGUAAUAGGUUCUCACUUGGUGCGAUACAUCCUAUUUUCUACACGGUCUAUUAUUUCUUCUGUUAGGUGAUAAUACAUUCUUUGAAGAGUGAUUAUGGCCGCACAAAAUUCGGCAGACUUAUUAAACAAUUUAAGUGAUACACAAGGAGUCAGUCCUGUAUGGGAACAUAUCCAUCUGGUUCCAUUAGGAGGGAUUAAAAAUCCAUUCUUUCGACUAAUGGUUUGGUUUUAAGAGCAAAUUGCUCUUCUCCAAGUUGGUAUAUUCCCUAUGCAUAAGCCGCUCCCAGUUACAAACUCCAUGGUUAUUCCUCUUUUUUUCAUUGUCCAGUCACAUUGGGGAGUUGUUUGGUCAUCACUAUGACUAUAUGUACCAUUUACCACUAUGCCUUCAUAGAAAGGUGGGUCGAUGGUAUAACACAGCCAGCACCCCUGAGCGGUCGUGUUAAAGGACGUAUGAUUUAUGGACUUAAAAACUUGUUUUACUAGGUCCCAUAAAGGGUUUGACUGGAUCUGGGCCUCAGUUACUGGCCGUGCGGUAGUGACUAUCCUUAUGGAUACCCCCGCAGAUGUCCCCAGGGGAGCUGGGGAGGUGUUCCCUGAAACAGAAGUAGGUAGGGUGCUUUCCCUUACGACAGAAGGGGCUGUUAUCAAAGGAGCCACCGGGGGUGCUAAAGGGGAUUUCAGCACAGGGUUAGGUCCCACGACCCGGGGGGUUGUGGGAACCUGCUCCUUUUUUAUAAAAAACAUGCCUCCCCUAUCUUCACCUGGUUCAUAAUAUCGCACUCCCCAGGUUUUCCCAAUGAACCACCCCAUAUGUUCAGGAUUUGUCACAUUAAGGACUAUAUGUUUACAACUGCCAUCCUUUGCUUGCUGAUUUACCUUGCAAGCAUGACGGUGGCACCGGGUUCUUUUUCCCGUCGGGGGAAUGCAUCCACUAGGUCCCCAUGCAACCUUUAAAAACUUGUCAGCAUUUGUCAGAGCCCAAUUUGAGGCGAUAGUUUCACAACCCCAAUAGACACAAUAGUAGUGUCCCGGGCUAUUACAGUAUGAGGGCCCUGAACUGGGACACAUGUAAAAUCCCACUUUGUCCUGACAUGGCUCUAUAACUGCUAAUUGGCAUAAUGUUGGAGUAAAAGAGGGUACCCCUGAUGUGGUAACUUGUUGUAUUAAUUGUUGGUUUUCCCAUUGAUAGAAGGUCCAUUUAAAAGGCUGGUGGAAACCCUCUUCCCGGGCUCAGAGCCCUGAUCCCGGGGUUUUUACCCUGUCCCCCCCUGAACGGUUUGGGGGGGCAGGCAGUAGGGGUUUCAGUUAGUCUGUUCCCGAUAGCUUCUGCCGUUUGUCCCUCCUCAGGACGGGUGAACUCCACACCAGUCCUUCCCUGCAAGUCCGUGGGGUAACUCACACGCAUGGCAGCCCUGCACGGGCUACUCCGACGCGCAUUUAUCCCAAAGGCUGCAGCUCCUCUUUGCCUCUCGUGUGGGGCUGCUCUGCGGCGUGCAGGCUCUCCAACACGGCCUGGGCCAUGGCCCCUCCCCACACAGUCCCUCGCCCGUCCGGGCUCACUCACACGGAGCUGCUGGUAACAGUCGGUCCUGCCAUGGGUCUCCAUAGGUUGCAGGGGUACAGCUGGAUUCUCGCCACGGCUUGCAGAGGGGUCUCUGGUCUAUUGCUUCUCCUUCCUUCCUCCUUCUCUGGCUGAAGGGUCCGUGUGGUCACCUCCAUCUUGUAUCACUGUUACACCUCCUGCCUCGCAUUCCGAAUUCCUGUCCCCUAAAUAGUGAUGGCAGAGGUGCCAGAUUGGCCCAGCUGGGCCGGAGGUGGGUGUGAACCCAGGAGCCGGGGGAGAGUCCGCAAACUCUUUACCGGGUCUUCACUGCAACCCGCUCCCCCUGUUACUAAGCCAAAAGCUGCUCCUUGCUAAACCAGAACAACGUGCCUGAAACACCUUUAAAGUAAGCUCCUGUAAGGUGAGGGGAAUAGAUGUGAAAAUUGUAAAGGAUAUAGCUUCUUUCUGGUGCUUGUUUCCAAAUUGGGAGCAAUUCUUUUUGAAGAACACAAAUGUUUGUAAGAAUUAUGCCUCAGUUUGGUCCGGUUCCAGCUCUUGAGAUUCUGUGACUCUUCACAAGACACUUCUUGAGCUGUUGGCUUUUCCCAAAAAUAAAAGACACAUACCUGUACAUAAAAUUUCAGAUGGAAGGUUUCAGGUAGAUACAGAACACUAAAGACCAAAUAUUUAAGGUGAAGGGCAUUAAGAAACUUCAGGAUGGUUUGCUUGCCAUGUUUGCAAUACAUGAUGUUGAGAUUCUUCUUGCAGAAGGAUAUACCAGUUCCAGGUCUCACCUGUUUUUCAUAAGGUGGUUAGUGGAAUUAGCCAAGGCUUGUUUUUGCAGAUAAAUUCAUGUAGCUUAGAUCAGUGUUUUGAUGGAUCGUAAAUUGAGGGAAGUGAUCAGGCUAAAUGGUAUGUGGCUCUGUGCAUGUUAAUCUGGAUGUGUUACCUGGAAUAAGCUAAUUAACAGCAAUUUUCAGAUUGUUAACAAAUGCUACAUAUUUCAGAAAUUUGGAAAAGAAGCGGAAAUCACUUAAAUUCCAUUUUAUAAACAGGGAAAAAAUCCUUAUAGUACUGUAAGAAAAUACAACAACUCUGGUAUCAGCAAAACUGAUUUGAUCAUUAGGGAUACUAUUUACCAAUGUAGAGUUAGAGGUGAUGCACAAAAAAUAAUCCAGGAUGUAAGAAUGUUUAGUUAUCCAUUUUGAUUUUAUGCAAUAAUUUGUACCAAAGAGGAUGAAAUGAAUGGAUACCAAUCUAAAAUCUUCUCAUGAACAAGUGAACCAGGUUAAUAUGAUUGAUGUAACACUGCAAAUUACUGUGCAAAGACAGUACACUUCAUUGUUGUCUCAUACUUUGUAUUAGGAAAAUCUGAAGAUAAAUUGGCCUGCUGAAGUACCUUUUUCUUUCAUCACACUUAUUUUAUCAGUGGGACACCUGACUCUCUGAAAAGCACAUUAUGGGGUUUUUUUCUGUUAGCCAAAAAACCCUCAAUUUGUACUGAGAAUGAUGUAGCUUUUAUAGUAUUUUAAAAGGCAUACCUAGUGGGUUUUAUGUUGGAAUACCAACUCUUGCAUGUUGAUGAUGGUGGUAAUUGUUGUAAAACCUGGUUUUUUGUAUUUUACGUUUGAAAAGAAAUUUAAAAAAUAUAUCUUUAGCCAUCUGAACAGUUGUAUCUUCUAAAAAUGCAUAUUUGGUAUCUGAUUCAACUUAUGAAGAGUAAGCAUCCUGAAGUCACUGGAUUUACAUGUAUGAAACUGAGAGUUUAACUUCAAAAUUGAAAUUAUUAUGUUUUUAUAUAUUUAAAAAAAUAUAAAAAUCCUUUUUUCAGCUGCUAACCUUCCCUGCCAGUAGAAGCAGAAAAUGUACGGAGAUAAGUACUUUAAUUCUUAUUUUCUAGAACCAAUUUUUAUCUCAAUUUGGAGACUAACUGGCAUUAUUGAUAUAAACCAAACUUCUGAUUUGUUUUUUUAAAUUCAAUGGAAUUAUGCAAAACACAGUACAAUGCCUACAGAGUUAAAAAUGAGAAUACUUUUAUAGUAGUUUGUACUAAUUUGUGCCACACUUCUAACAGUAGGCAACUACAUUUGUGUUACAGAAUUUAUAUGAAAGAUCGUUUAAAAGACUUCAAUCUGAGCUUCAUUUUAUUUUAAAAGCAGUAUUCAGCAUGUUCUAAGUACCAAAAAAAGAAAAAGGCUUCAAGUUCCUUUUUCAAGACUGACAGGGGAAACUGUGUCAUUAUUUAUAGUAUUAGCACUCUCAGCUUGAAAAUUAUUUUACCAAAUGUUUUUUUGUUUGUUUAACGAACAAUCCUAUAUUCCCCUGCCCUGAAAUGUACUGGUACUUUAUUCCUCAGUUAACUGACUUGGUUCCUUUGAAGCACUUGUUGCACUUCAAUACAUGUUAGAACAGUAAUAUUUUUACACCUUAUUGUCUAGAAAGGCACUUUUUAGUGCUCAUUAUAGUGUGGAGUACAUAAGUCUGGCUCCAAGAUGCUGAAAGAUCAGUGAAGUGAUGGUACUUCCUGUGCUCACCACCUUGCACAUUGGAGCCUUAUAUUCAACAAACACUUAAUUACUUUGGCAAUCAUUUUCAAAACACACUCUAGUAUGGAUAUUGUACAUGUAAAACGUUCUUAAUAUUCAACAUCCUGCUUUUAAGUAUUUCUACCUUUUUUAUAUUUUGUCAGAGGUGUCUUUUCAUCUCUAUUUACUACAGUAUCAGUGUAUCUGUUGCUGGAAAUGUAACUAAGAUUUGUAAAAUGUUAUAGCUUAUGCAAUAUAAUAAAAGUUUUUAAAAUUCA